GAGGGUUUAGCUCCUCCCACCGAACCGAGAAGCUUUGAAAAGGGUCACGUCGCGCUGCAGCAGUGAAACAGGAGACGACUCCGCAUCUCAAACGUACAGCUCACCUGUUCUGUCUACAGAAGACAUCCACUAACAGCCACCAUGACACACCAGUACCCCGCACUGACUACUGAGCAGAAGAAGGAGCUGCAGGACAUCGCUCAGAGGAUAGUGGCUCCAGGAAAAGGCAUCCUAGCUGCUGAUGAGUCCACCGGCAGCAUGGCAAAACGCCUGAACCCCAUUGGGGUGGAGAACACAGAGGAGAACAGGCGCCGCUACCGCCAGCUGCUCUUCACCGCUGACCAGCGCAUCGACAGCUGCAUCGGAGGAGUCAUCUUCUUCCAUGAAACCCUGUACCAGAAAACCGACGACGGUGUUCCCUUUGCUAAGCUCAUCAAAGACCGUGGCAUCGUCGUUGGCAUCAAGGUUGACAAAGGUGUUGUGCCCCUCGCUGGAACAAAUGGAGAGACCACCACCCAGGGUUUGGAUGGGCUCAGUGAGCGCUGUGCUCAGUACAAGAAGGAUGGUGCCGACUUUGCCAAAUGGCGAAGUGUGCUGAAGAUCAGCGAGACGACACCAUCUGAGCUGGCCAUCAAGGAGAACGCCAAUGUACUGGCCCGGUAUGCCAGCAUCUGCCAGCAGAACGGCAUUGUCCCAAUCGUGGAGCCUGAGAUCCUCCCUGACGGCGACCAUGACCUGAAGCGUUGCCAGUAUGUCACAGAGAAGGUCCUUGCUGCAGUAUACAAGGCUCUGUCCGACCACCAUGUGUACCUGGAGGGAACGCUGCUGAAACCCAACAUGGUCACACCUGGACACUCCUGUCCCACCAAGUUCUCUAGCGAGGAAAUCGCCAUGGCUACCGUCACUGCCCUGCGCCGCACUGUACCACCAGCUGUUACAGGAGUCACAUUCCUGUCAGGGGGUCAGUCUGAGGAGGAGGCUAGUGUGAACCUCAACUCCAUUAACACCUGUCCACUCACCAAGCCCUGGGCCCUGACUUUCUCUUACGGCCGCGCCCUGCAGGCCUCAGCCCUGAGCGCAUGGAAAGGAGAACUGAGCAACGAGAAGGCUGCCACCGAGGAGUUCAUCAAGCGCGCCCAGGCUAACGGACAGGCUGCUCUUGGAAAAUACGAGUCCUCUGGAAGCGCCAGCGCUGCUUCUAAAUCCCUCUAUGUGGCUAACCAUGCCUAUUAAACACCCAACUAGCUGUGGCCUAGUUCUAGUCUUAAUAUCUGCUCUGCUAUUCCCCCUCACUCCUCCAUCAUUCACAGGCCUGCGCUCUCUACUGUACUUUGUUAAUAGAGUUAACAUUACAUUAUUAGAUGUCUAUUUAAAAUCUAUGUAAGAAUGCAAUACUAUAGGGAACAGGCUUUGUUUUGUUUUUUUUUCCUUUUUAAUUAUUCUAUUUCAAAAAUCCAGUCAGAUUUGAGACAUUUGGUGACUAAAGUGUUGAAUUUCACGUCUAGCUGCGGUUAGACUCUGAGAUUAAUGCAGAAUGUAUCCAGAGAGUCUGUCAGUAUUCUUUUCAUGCCUCUUCAUAAGUGCUCCUCUCCCCAUGUCCGAUUCUUUCUCCCCUGACAUCAUAACUCCUCAGCCGUUCAGAUCAGCACGUGUGCGUUGGUGUUUCGCUUCUGUCAGAAAAACAGCAUUCGCCCUUCGUUCAAAUACUGUACUAACUUUCACACUAACUGAGGGACCAACCAAACCGUCGGCAUCAGUACAUCUGUUUGAGGGCAAAACGAAAAGCUGAGCAGUGUCGAAAUAUGGAACAAAGUUGAUCUGGUGUAGUUCACCUGUGGCUCCAGCAGAGGUCACUAGACACUGAGUACUGUAACAAGCAGCUGCACACCGGUAACCGCUUCUUUUUGUUUUCAUGUUCCUUAUUACAGUUUUAAA